GGAGGGAGCGACAGAUUAGUUAGUAGUGUUUAUGCAAGAGAGAACAAACUGGCCUGCGUUGUCCAGACCACAAGUUGGACCUUGGACUUGGACCCUCCGCGACCCUCAACUUUGCAGCCUCAGUCGACGCGCGUUUCACUUUCCCUUCUCGACAAUACUUCGAGUCGCAUGUUUCUCCCCUCCACUUCUAUUUGACGAAGAAAUGACAGCCGGCAUCUCCAUCAUUGGCCAGCUCAUACAUAUCAUGUCGCUGACCACCUCAGCUUCUGACCGUGAUCCGUUGUGAUCAUGGUUCUCCGGAACAACCCCAGUCUUACGGUCGCCGCAACCCAGAACACCGCCCCCGUCCACGAGUACCGUUGCCUUUAUACGCGAGACCUUCAUAAGAAGGCCAAAAAGUGGCACGAUGGAUCCCUACGGUUUCACACCUUCAAUCGACGCGUCAUGGUCUACGAUGACGCGAAGAAUUACAUUGGAGACCUGCAUUUUAGGCUGGAGGAGGAGUUCGGCGAAGGUGUAGAAAUCCAACUGGACCGUGGCGUCAAGGUGGAAGUCGGAGAACGUCUGGGGGAGACCGAGACUGAUUUGACUGGCAUAACAUUGGAAAGGCAAAGGCCAGAAAAGACCGUGUCACAAGCCAGACAUGCUGUUGUCGCGUCUUGUGUGAGCUCCUCAGGACCAUCGCAGAGGCCGAAAUCGUUGCUCGAAGUGCUGGGACCCUCGCAAGGCCGGCUAGGCCGCUCACGCUUGCCAAUACAGUCGCCCUACGAGCAAAGACAGACGUUUUCCCGGGCCGCGAUUACACAGCCAUCUCCAAAGAAGCGCAGACUGUCCGCAGACAAAGAAAAUCACUCGGACGAGGUUGUGCAGCCGAUCAGGCCUGGUGCGGUUUGCUUACCUCAGCCUGUACGUGCCAGUAAGCUUAUUCGAACCCCAAACACCACCGUGAAUGUUCCUAGGAGAUCUUCAGUGGUGGUGGACAUCUCAUCAGACGAAGACACAGUGGGGAGACUUUCAGCGCCACUUAAUCGCUCGCCAUUGCCAGCAGCAGGUCCAAAGAAACAAACGACGAAGCGACAACCGGAUCCCAGACCAACUGCACCAACCCAAGUGCGUAGACAGGGUAAGGAAAGGUCCACGACUGCAAGAUCUCCGAAAGAGUCAAAUUCCAAAAUCAUAACGCCACCAGUACCGAAGCUCAGUGUGGGUGCGGCCUCCAAGAGCAAUAGGUCAACUAUCAAUCGUUCUGCACGUCUGCUGCUUGCACAACCAAAAGCCAGGUCCACGCUUACACUCCUGAUACCUUUUACGAAGGGCCCGGAAAGGCGAUAUGUGCCGACUAGAUCGCCUGCGGCAUCGAUUUCUCAACACAGUGCAAACCCACUGUCUUCUCCGCAUCAAUAUCUGCAGCUAGAGUAUGUUGGCGAGCUGCCCGGCCUGAACGAUGUCGGUUUUGACGAUAAUGUGAUCAUCAGCUCACCUCAAGCCAGCGUGCAUGCCGACGACAUAGUGGACAUUGAGUCAAGCCCUCUCUUUGUGCCGGAAGAGGGCAAUGCAGUGGAAAGGCCACCUUCGCCGAUACCUCUAUCGACGCAAGAAGAAUUUUCUGGACUUACCACUUCGUCCCACCACGACGAGCAAGACGAGACUUCGCAAGCAGCCGUUCCACCUGAGUCCCAGCUCAAUGAAGCCCCCGCUACGCCCCAAGAUUUUACUCGUGUCAGUACAGAUCCACCGCCACAGCCUGGGUCUUCACCUGCCAGUAGUCAGGCGACUGUUUCACAGGAGCUUGCGGCACCGGCUGAGAAUGCACCAGAUCAAGGCAUCUCCAUAACACGAGAUUUUAGAAGAGUCUUUUCUGAAAAUGAUGCCAUUGAAGAAGACGAUGAGGACGAUGUUAGUCAGGUUCCAGGCCAGGUCGCCAUACAAGCACGAAGUCCUCUACAAUUGCUGAGCAAUCUUGCAACAAGACGGAGUCCGGUCAAACUGACGAGUCCGUCCAAGUUACACCGGUGCGCAUCUGACACUGCUGCGCUAGAGAAAGCAGUCUACAAACAAUGCGAGGUGGAAAUACGAGAGAGAAGCACAGCCGAGAAAGGGCCAUGGACUACUGACGAAGCUUUUAUUUUAUUCGACUGGUGGCCGUCCGAAGUGAUCAAACCCGAAUAUUGGGCUACAACGGUCGGCAAGACUUCAAGCACCACAGUCUUACCAAGAGCCGCUCUAGCAUAUCCGCCGAUCAUCACGACAGCGCGACAGUUCCUCCGAGACGAUAUCAACGCGCUAUGACAUUACGAGUCAUGAUCUGUACACCAAGUACAUAAUACUACCAGGAUGACAAGCUUGUCAAAUGAGAAAUCCAAUACAGUGUAGCAUCUUGUACAUCUACCUGCAGUAAUAUUUCUAUUUCUAGAUGAUCACGUGCAUUGGGCCCCUUAUCUCACAAAAAGCUUGUCAACAAUACCCCCUUGUCUGACGACGUCUUCGUCGAUCGUCA